CUCCCGCUAAAUUUUAACGGACCAUCAUGGCGGAGUUUGAGAAUUUGGAAAGAAACACUCUACAAAUAUUUUCUUCUUUUCCUCUUGAAGUUAUUGAUAAGGAUUUGAUGACAUAUGUAUGGAAUAGCGGUUUCACUGAAGAUGUUGAUCUUCCAAAUGAUGAAAUCUAUAGUGUUGAAGGUUUAAAAGAUUUGCUCAUUGAAACAACAAAUCUCUGCAGGACAUGGGCUGUUCAUAGUCUUAGUGAUAAACAAGUAACUGUCGUUGAUUCUAAUCUUCGGAGUAAUAACAACAUUGAAGAUCGGAUUGCAGGUGAAUUUGUAUCUAAAGAUAAUAUUCAUGAAAGCUUAAACGGUUCUAUUGAUGCUGUUACAAGCACUAACUUUUGGAACAUUUUAAUUGAAAAUGAUGUUCAUUACAAACAGAUAUUAGCCUUACUGUAUUUUUUGAUGAAAGCAAGUGUAGAGACAAACAGACACAACCAGAAAUCACGAUGUAACUUUGUUAAGAAAGAAUAUGCUCUGAUUAGUAGUCAGUUGUAUUUCACAAUUCUGAGAAUUCCUGGUAGUAGUGCCUUCAGGAUAUUUCAAGGUAACCUCUUCCAAAUGGCUGUUCACAGUAUGAAAGUUCCAAAAGAAGCAGGCUCGGCAACAGAGGCACAGUUGAACAAACAUUUUCCUAAAAAGCGUAGAAUUCCAGUUAAUUUUGAUCAACCAGAUGGAUGUGGAGAAGAAGAAAUAUUUAAACCAAGCAAACGUCGUAAAGAAGUUGGAGGGCAAAAUAGUAAUUAUGGAAAAUGUAGAAAGAAUAAAAAGGGUUAUGGGAAGAGUAAUAGACAUAUUUCUGAAGAAGAUUUAGCUGAACCUUGUACAAGUGGUGAUCCUGAUGGAAACGAAGCAAUAACGAUGGAAGGGUUUAGCAGUGACGAGGGAGAAGAUGAAGUUAAUAUGUCUCUUGAAGAGGUUCAGAAACUGAUUAGCAUUUUAUCAAGUGCACUUUCUGAUCUAAUUACAUUAUUGGAAACUUUUACUCUGCAGUUCAACAUGCAUCUUAUUGAACAGGUUAUUCAGCAGCUAACAGAACUGACAACAAUGGAAACUGAAAAAUGUAUGAUCUUUGACAGUCAUCAUCAGAUUGAAAAUACUCGAAAGAAGAGACCAGAUAUUUCACUGUUAGCUUUUAAAGGUUUGAAAUAUCUCUGUCAACCUCUGCAUGGAGAUGUUGAGCAACUGGUUCUCACCAUUAUGAAAUACCUUCUACCAAACAUCCUUAUGUUGUCAGUUGCGGGAAGUCAGUCUAUCCCUCGAGCCCAGCAAAUAGUUAAAGACAACACUGUUAGUUUUAUUUGUCAUCUUAUGAAGGAGAACCAAGAAACUUCGUUGAAGGGUGCAAGAGUUCUUGUUCAACACUUGUGUACAAAAGUUGUUGAUAAAUCAGACUUUCGAUGUAAAGUAGCUCAAGCUUGUAUAGAGAUACUGAAACAUUUUCCUACAGGGGCCUUUGCUGAAAUGGUUGAAUGGCUGCAUAGGUUGGCACGACAUGCUAAAGUUAAUUACAGGAUUUUUAGCUUGGAACUGUUUUCAUUGCUAGUCAUUGAACCAGAAAGAAACUGGGAUACUUCAGUGCCCAAAAAAUUUCAAAGUUUUCUUCACAUUUGCACUUUACUGUCUGUAAUAUUGGCCAGGUGUAAUGAUAAAGCUGCAUCUGUGAGAGCUAAAGCAUUGAACAUUUUAGCAUUGUGCACGUCUUCCGCUAGAUCUGAACUGAAAGCUAUGUGCUUGGAAAUGCUAAAAGAAAAGACUAACACUGAUUCAGCUAAGUCUGAGGGAAGUAAUAAGAGUGGCCAGACUGUUUCGAUUAAUAGUGAAACUGAUGUCAGCGACAAAGAAAAGAGAGAGGAGAAAGAAAAAGGAAGUUUAUCAGGACAAGACGUUCUUCAGAAAGGAAGUUCAUCAGGACAAGAUGUUGUUCUUCAGAAAGGAAGUUCAUCAGGACAAGAUGUUCUUCAAAAAGGAAGUUUAUCAGGACAAGAUGUUGUUCUUCAGAAAGGAAGUUCAUCAGGACAAGACGUUGUUCUUCAAAAAGGAAGUUUAUCAGGACAAGACCUUGUUCUUCAGAAAGAAAUUAAUCAGAACAGUGAAGUUACUUGUAUGCCCAGCAGUCAUGCAGUCUCCUCCGAUUUUUCUGUAGACUCCUUCAUGGAGAUGAUUUCACGACGUUGUAGCGAUCAGAAAGUCAAUGUAAGGAAAGCAUCAUUACAGGUCUUGGAAAAUGUCUUGAUAAUUAAAGAAACCAACACGUUAGAGAACUAUAUAAAGUUGUUAGAAAACCACUGCCUGGAUCCAGCUGUGUUGGUGAGGAAGCAAGCAGUUCAGUCUUUAUCCAACCUUCUGGAAUGUUGUCCUCUGUCAACCACGAUACAGAAGCAUUGGAUGCAAGGAGUGCUACCAUUGGUGCUAGAUCCAGAGAAUUCAAUCCAAGAGAAAUGUCUGGAGAUGGUUUAUAGCUUGUUGCUAGAGAAAAUUGUUUCUAAGACAGAAGAAUCACAUCGGGAGAUGGCAUGGAAGAUCUUGGAUGAUGUUGCAAGUACUGAAUAUCAAGACAUGCAACGUUACCUUCAGAAGGCCGUACAGAAGUUAGGAAAACAAGGAAAGAUCAAGUCAUCCAUGGUGAAUUUGAUCAAAGCCCAGCUUAACGGGUCCAGAGAUGGAACUGUGUGGCUAAUACUAGUUUUUCUGUCACUUUGUUUUGAAGUUAAAAACCCAGAGUUUGUUUUGGAGUAUUGGGAGCAGUGUUGUGAGAGUAGAGAACCGGUGUCAUUGAGCACAAUGCAGAGAGUUCUGUACGUGAUUGGAAACUGGGCUAAACAUAUGCCAUUAUCAAAACUACAAGCAAUCAAAGAGGACCUGGCUUCCCAACUGCAACAGUUCUCUUCUCCUCCAGAACUCAUUGCCACUGGUGUUGAAACCUUCAACAAGAUAUGUCUCGUUCUCACUGAUGUUGAAGGAGAAAAGGUGAUCCGCACAUGGAGUCAGAAGGUUCUGAAGCUUUGUGAUGUUUACCUAUCAUCAAUUAUACUGGAAGACAAUGUUAAAACAGAAGCAGCCACGGAGGAACAAGUUGUUCGACAUCUGUACACUCUCGGGGAGGUUGCUCAGUUAUGUCCCACAGCAGUACCUACUCGAGCAUUUCUACUCAUUCAGAGCUUAAUUGCUUCUCCUGUAAUUUCAGCUGCUG